AAUAUCGCGCAGCCCAGCUCGACGCUACGGGUCCCCGCAACCUGCAGGGGGCACUGACAGCGCAUAAAUACACUGCUCUCUUCGCGCUCCCAGCGAGCAGCGCAAGACUGGCCGGAACGAAGCUCUCAGAUCCACACAGAGAGCGCUCUCUGCCAGGUGGCUGCGAGAUAGCGCCCGCGAACACCGGUGUGAAGAACGCACACAGAUAACGCACCGACACAAGAUGCUGCGCCUCCUCGCCGUCGCAGCGAUGGCACGCGCCUUACCGCGCAACGACGGCAAGUCCGACGAAAAGCUCAGCCACGAGGCCCAGACCUACUACGACCCGGCCGCGCAGACGUUCGCAUUAUAUACUCUGUUAGGAGUGCCGACAAAUGCGACGUUGACCGAGAUCGACCGGGCCUUCGUCAAGCACAAGAACGAUUUAGAGAGGAACAGGAAAAACAAGAAGAACGUCCAGAUCUAUGGGCUGAUCUACAAGUCCUUGGAUGAGGACGAGGACGGCUUGUUGAGUGCAGAAGAAAGUGAGAGUCUCGUGGAGGCGUUGGGUCUACGAUUCGAUGAGGAGGACGAUCAUGUGCAAGAGUCCGUCGCCAAGUUCCGGAGGAGGACCUGCACGGACAAAGACGCUGUAUUUAGUUCAAAGGAACACCUCAUGAUUGUGGCGACCUACGCCUCGCUGCGCACGGCGCGCGUGACGCUCGGUGAUGCGGAGAUGCGGACUAAGUAUGAUGAGCAGGAGCGCAUCAAAGCGCGGGAGUAUGCUGAAGACGUCGACGACGACAAUACGUACCUGGGCGCCGCGAAGCGCAAAGUUUUUGGCGUCAUCUACUACGGGAUCUAUGGCGGCAUUGUAGUGUGGACAAUUGUAGCGGUCAUUGCGUGUCUGGCGUACGUGGCUUGCAAAGCGCUCGCGUCCAUACCGAACGCGCCGCCUCUGUUCGGGCGGUGCGCCGACCGCUGCGGAAGCGUCUUGAUUUGGAUUAACCCAGGGUGGAGUACGGUGUGCACACUCGCGUUUUGCGCGCCGAGUACGGUCCUCGCGGCGAUGUUGUCAGCUUUUGCGGUAUUCUUGUUCCUCUUUAGUCUGCUCGCGAAGACGCCCGUCGUUCUUCAGAGGGGGCUUUGCGCCUUGAUCAUUGCCGCACUGCUCGCGUGGCUCGUACCGGCCUGUGUGGAAAUCAACCAGUGCGUCGGGUGCUGCCACGCCAUCGAGCAGGCGUCGCAUCGAUGGCGUGGAGGUCGACGCGGAACGCGCCGUAAAAUUUUGAUUUCCACACAGGUACCGGCCGUAAAAAAUGUGCUGACGCGCCCACGGGAACAUGUGAGACGCCUCGUCCAGGGCCUGCGCGGCCUCGGUAGAGAGGCCUGGGGCGUCGGGAAGGUUUUGGUGCCGGGUGCGGCCCUGGGACUGGUCUACUCGAUGUUCGAGGUGGAGCUCGAGACGCACCUGCUCACGGCUUUAGCGGGAGGCGUCGUUGUCAUCAUGGCGGUGAAGCCGCUGCGGAGCCGCGCGUUCCGCUACCUCGGCCAGGCGCUGGCCGACACGGGCGUCACUCAGCCGCCGAGCGAGGCGCCGCGCAUCCUCGAAGCCUUGCAGCGCCUCGCCACUUUACCCGUGGAACUAUACGUUCCGAUCAACGUCCUGGACGACGCGCAAGUCAAGGCCAAGCUCGAACGAGCCGGCUUCUCGCGCCGCGACGGCGCCGCGACGCCGAGCCGCGCCGAGCUCGAGGCGGCCUACGACGACGCCUAUGGCGCCUGCACCGUGUGCUUCGCUCAGUUUGAAGCCGGCGACGAGUGCGUGCGCCUCCUCUGCGGGCACGUCUUCCACCGCGACUGCGUGGUCCAGUGGGUGAACACGCGGACGGAGUCGGGCCGCGUGCCGACGUGCCCCCAGUGCACCUGUGACAUGUGAGUAAGAUGAGUAUAGAUAUCCUGCCA